AUGUCAGCUUUCAAAACAGAAGGAACCGUCUACACUUUUGGUGGUAAAUUACUAAAAUUAUCCCAUGAAUCUAAAGAAACAAAUACUCCAAUGGCAUUGAAUGUCUAUUUACCAAAACAAUAUGAAUCAGCUUCUGAAAAGUCUAUUCCAGUCUUGAUCUAUUUGUCAGGUCUGACCUGUACUCCAAACAAUGCAUCUGAAAAGGCUUAUUGGCAACCACAAGCGGACAAGUUUGGGUUUGCUAUUGUCUUCCCAGAUACUUCACCAAGAGGUGCAAACAUUGAAGGCGAAGAAGAUUCCUGGGAUUUUGGUACUGGUGCUGGCUUUUAUGUUGAUGCUACUACUGCAAAGUUCAAGAAGAACUAUCGUAUGUAUUCAUAUGUUCAUAAAGAAAUCCAACCAUUACUACAAGAAGAGUUCACAAAAUUGAAUUUUGAAAAUGUUUCUAUAACAGGUCAUUCAAUGGGUGGUUAUGGUGCUUUAUCUGGGUUCUUUCAAAACCCUGGUAAAUAUAAAUCUGUUUCAGCUUUUUCACCAAUUGCAAACCCAAUCAAUGCUCCUUGGGGGUUGAAAAACUUUACUGGUUAUCUUGGUGAAGAUAAAUCUACAUGGGAAAAAUAUGACCCUACAGAAUUGCUAAAAACUUAUGAAGGUCCAGUUUCAAAUAUCUUGAUUCAUGUUGGUAAAGGUGAUCCAUUUUAUUAUAGAGAUUCUCAGUUAUUACCAGAAAAUUUUGUUGAAGCCUCAAAAGGAACAAAAUUCGAAGGUAAAGUUGAUUUGAAUUUGGUUGAAGGAUUUGAUCAUUCUUACUAUUUCAUUAGUUCCUUUACUGCUGCUCAUGCUGAACACCACGCUAAAUAUUUAGGUUUAGCUUAG